GUAGUGGCGCUUGGAACUAAGCGUUAUGGUACUGAUCUUCAACAAUUUACGCCAGCAACGAAACGUGCUGAUGGACAAUUUUUUAUCAAAAACCUUUCAUUGCCUCAAGGUAUUUUAUUUAUGUUACAAUGAGGAUAUAUAACAAUGCUGGUCUUUAUAGUGACAUAACAUCUGACUCUGUUGUUAUUAGUCUUAUGCCAGAAGUGUUGGUGAAAGACGGAAACGAGAUAGAAGAUAUAGAUUUUGUGUCCAAGCCUAACAUUAUCCAGGGAUCUUGGAGAUAUUCUGAUAAAUGUUUGAUUCGCGAAGCUCAUUGGAUGAUUUAUGAUUCCAAUUCUUUAAUAAUAAAGGACUACCAGCCUAUCAUUUCCGCAGUACAUGAGUUUUACAAUGACGAGCUGAAUUUGCAAAAUGGAAGGAAGUAUUUUAUUGCAAUAAAAACUAUUGACCAUUUGAAUAGAACUAAAGUUGGGAGAUCUGAUGGGUUUACGGUUCGUAUUCAACCGCCAGUUCCUGGGAGCGUGAGAGAUGGUAAGAAUGAAGAAUUUGAUUAUCAACAUUCAACAUACGAACUUUCAGCCAAUUGGGAUGCCUUUGGAGACACGAACACAAAUGAUCCCACACAAGUCAUUGAACAUUAUGAAAUAAGUAUAGGUAACGACAGGCGGUAUGAAAAAACAAGAUCAAAUGUACACUUUUCAGUAAAUGUAGGACUAAAUCGGUCAUAUACCUUUUCAAAUUUAAAUCUAACGGCAAAGCUAGUACGAUAUUACGUAACAGUAAGGGGAUAUAGUAAAGUCGGUGGCUUUUCUGAAAGUACAUCAAACGGAAUUCGUGUCGGCUUUUCUGAGGCUAUAAUACCUGGAGUCAUCUUGACAAAUCAAUACCAGUCUUCUACAAAAGAAAUAAAAAUAUCUUGGAAGGGUUUUUACUCUGAUUUAGGUAUACGAAAAUAUUCGGUGGCAACUAGUAGUCAUUUAAACUUUAUAACAAAUGAUACAAUUGACUGCGAAACAUUUGAAAAUAAUCAUAGUUUAUUUGAUGUAAGUAAGCUGAGAGAUGUUGGCAUUAAUGAAAACCUUAAAUUGGAAAACUUGUCUCUGCAACAUAAUACAUUUUACUAUACCACCGUCCUAGCUUAUGAUGAAGCAGGAAUGUGCAUAGCUGUGACGUCCCCGUCUAUUUUAGUUGAUACAACGCCACCGAUUGCAGGAAAAAUAGCAGUAAAUGGAAUGGAAAAUGAUGAUAUAAAUUUUGCUACGGAUAAGACAGAGCUGCAUUUCAGAUGGUCAGACUUUGUUGAUCCGGAAUCCGACAUAAAAUCAUUUGAGGCUAAACUCUACCAGUGUCGAAACUGUACUGAAGCUCAACACCCUAUGAAUAUUUGUACUGUUAUUUCAUCGGUUGACACAGGUACAAAUAACAUAGCUUCUUUUUAUGAUCUCCAGCUGUCCUUUGUCUAUACGUAUGUGCUCAACCUCCGCGUAAAGAAUCAAGCCCAACUGAUUACUUCCAUCUUGUCUCCACCAAUAGAAAUCGAUUUGAUUGCUCCAUUUCCUGGCGAGAUUUAUAUAUCGGACACCUGGGGAAAGCCAAAAUUCUUCCAGUGGUCUAAUACAGAUAUUUCGGGACAGUUAGCAAUAGCUUUCUCGGAAGAUGACUAUGUUUGCGCGAAUCAAAUGGAUCUUUUUCCUCUGUCUUAUGAAGGCAUGUGGAAAGUGCCCAGUUACAAUUUUUCCAGUGACUUUAUUAAAUUUGAUAAAACAUUCACUCGGUUAGGAAUCGGGUAUAACUCUGACUUUACCAAAAUUAUAAAAUCUGGAAUGCUAAAUGAUAAAUUUGAACUAAAUACUGGGAAUUAUUCUUUUGUUUUACAAGCCGGAUGCGGCAAUAAAGUUAUAACAACAGUAGCCGCAGUAACUGAAAUUGAAAUCAUUCCCUUUACUCUGAAGGACAACUCCAUGAAGAUAAAAAUGAAUUCACUUGAUGAAAGUAUCAGUGAAAGAAAUAACACUAGGCAGGAACAAAGCAGUAUUGACCAGCAAGCAUCUUCAAAUUAUGACAACCAAUACUUAGGAAGAAAUCCGCAUGGAUUUGGUAUACAUAUCUUAGGCUACAAAACUAAGAAUAAAACAAAAUGGUCACAUGUUCUUUGGGCAUGGAAUACGUAUGCUUAUACCUAUGUAUGGUUUGACAUGGACAUAAACCCUACAGAUAAAGCGUUAAAUUAUAUUAUAAGUAUUCAAAAGCGCUCAAAGAAUUUGAGGACUUAUGUUGAUCUAAAACUCUAUAUUAACGAAAGAGAAAUGAAAUCUAUACGCGGUCUUGAUUUUGUAUCUACUGCCAUAACACCAGCUGUAUUGACAUGGAUGGAAGAAGAUUUUGAACCACCAGUUACUGAUAUCUAUUCACCUUUCUAUACUGAGGCUAUUCUCUGGUCUGUUAAAAUACCAAAGUCGGAAUCCAAAGCAUGUCUUUAUGGAAAGGGAUUCUAUGAUCCCGAAAGUUCUAUUAAAGAAAUUUGGUUGGGUGUGUCCAGUAAUGAACACUUCGGAGGCAACAUCUCACCAAUGCAACUAUAUAAAACUUUCUGUUAUAAAGGCGCAGAAGAAUGCGAGAUCACUAAUAAAAGCAAGUGCAGUCAGAUAGGCGUAGGCACAUUCGAAUUAAUCGACCUUUCAAUUUCUGGGUUGCAACUUGAGGUCAUAGACAAUACAACACUCUCGUGCUUAAAUGAAACUAAUGAUCCCCUGGCAUGUAAUAUAUCAUCAUACUUGCUGUCCGUAAAAGUUGUUAACUUUGCUGGGUUAUCGACAGUAGUGCAUUCAAAUCCAGUUCAGAUUGAUCAAACAGCACCCACAUUCGAAUACGUUAAGUGUUUAGAUCCUUUAAAUAGUAACAACGAGCCGACAGAUCGUUUGGGUUCUAACUCGGUUAUAGGUGCGUACUGGAACUGUGCUGAGGAUAUAAGUCAAAUUGAAUACUAUUCGGUGUCAAUUACGCAGGUUUCUCCAAAGGAAAAUGUAAUGAAUAACACAUUUGUAGGAUUAAAGAGACGUGUUAAUUUUACCUUCGGUAAUGCAACAUUUCAUCAUGGGAAGGAAUAUCGAGUUAUAAUAGAAGCAACAAAUACAGCAGGUUUGAAGGCAGUUGAUAGCUGUCAAGUUUCCGUAGAUUUAUUUCCACCAAAUGCCGACAAUAUCAUAUAUGGAGCCCUUUUCGCAGAAGAUGAAGACGUUGAUGAAGCAAGUGAAGAUAUUCCGUCUGUAACGUCAUCUCAGACAGAAAUUGGGCUAACAUGGAGUGGAGGAAAUAACGAUACACGCUUUUAUCAAUGGCAAGUUGGUUCCGAAACAGAUGAAGAUGAUAUUUUCCCUCUAAGUACAGUCGCAGAUACGCCGAAAGGUUCUGUAGCAAUAGUUUCGGGGCAUCUGAAGAUUGGCGGAAAGGACAGCAAUUUCAAAGUUGCCGAUUUCGUAAAAUCAGGAAAUGUGACAUACAAAGAGAUGGAAGCCAACGGAAAUAAAAGCGCUAUUAAAAAAUCGCAUUUUAUGCUAGAGCCCGGUCGUUGUGUAUAUCAGUCUUUAUAUGCUUUAGGAUGGUCACAUUUGCGACAAAAAAUAAGAUCUCGUACAAUUUGUGUCCGACGUCCAGACGACGUACUCCUGAAAAACAUCUCACAUUCAGUGGUCAUUGCAUCAAAAUCAAUGGGGUCAAAUAAAUGGAAGACUGGCAAUUUCACCAUGGAAGGAAGUGAAAUAGUAAUAGAAUCUAAAGUAACUAAUGGAAGGCUAAUGUUUGGAACAAUCACGGAAGUUGACAAAACACAGAUGUACGGAAGUGCGGCGUCAACAGAAUACCAACCAUACAUAACCGAUCCAAAACUGACUGCUUCCCAAACGUCAAGGCUUUUACGGAACCGAAUUGAACGGUUUUGUAAUACGUCUUUUUUCGUAUCCCCGGCCCCGUUUGCUCAGGUGGAACAUAUGCAAUUAAACAUUUCACUCAGAAAAGACUGCCAUGCGGAUACUGAACAUCAACCUGGACUUAUAUACUGGAACUACGUCACCAAGGAGUGGAUGCACAUAGAUGAAGGCUGUCGAGAUAUUCUCUCUUCCAAUAUCCUUGGAGAAGUUUACUCUGCAGAGCUGUGUCUUCAGAAACUAAAAGUACUAAGGGGUGGUAAAAGUUCUACAACAGACCCUUUAACUCAAUACAGAAACAUCGAGCUCGUCCGAAUAGCAAAUCUAAUACAGAACACAAAACCAUUUGUUACACUGACGAGUAUUUAUGUGAAGGAAGACGAAUUUGAUCCAAUUACCAUACCAGUUGCUGACAAGGAAAAUGACAGUGUAGCUUUCAGUAUUGCAAAACAGCCAUUACAUAGUUUUUGCAAGAUAGACGAUGUAGGUAUUUUAGAUUGUAAAACUGAAGCUGACUUUUAUGGAACAGAUGAAAUUAUAAUUAGAGUUAAUGAAACAAAUGUUCCCUCUUCAAUAUCAGCUAAUGUUGUAGAACAAACAAUUAAAAUGAUUAUCCUUCCUGAAGAAGACUCAACAGAAAGGGUAUUCAUUGACAACAAAGGGAACAUAUUUCGUGAGAAAAGGCCUGCAUUUUCUCAUAUGAUUACAGUGGAAGCGAACGGUACGGACACAAUAUUUGCAGGAACUAUUGUUUUAUGUGAUGUGGACGGAAAUGAAACAUUUACAAAACAUGUUUUAUUUAGCCCACUUGGCAAUUCAACAUUUUCAAUAAACGAAACUGUUGGGGGAAAACUCAUUCAAAAUAGAAAGUUCUUGCCCACAAGAUUUAGAAGCGUAGCAUCUUACAAUAUUACGUUUAAAUUUUCACCAAAUAUCAACGGCCAUAUGACUCUGAAAUUUAUAGGCAUCACUGCAAAUGGGAUUUUCAGUCCAAGUGUAACUAUUGACGUUUAUGUUCUUGCUAAUCCUUGUGUAAAUGGUUAUUGCGACCAUGUUGACGGAACACAUACUUGCGACAGUCAGAACAGAGCUACUUCUUUUGAUGGUUUCUUCUGCCACUGCCAUCCUGGAUUUAAUGGGGCGUGGUGUCAGGAUAAUAUAAACGAAUGCGCCCCUGAACCUUGUGCAUUGAUGUAUGACUGCGAAGAUUUAACAAACGAUUACAGAUGCAACAUCAACAUACCUAAACUGGUAGCAAUACUAGGUUGUUCAAUAAUUGCGAUGAUGGGAAUUUUGUUAAUUAUGAGAAAACGGUGCAAAAAGUUCAGAAGAAAUAAGGUUUCACAAAGCAGUACAAAUCUACAACCUGGUGCUUUUGAGAAAACAUAUGAACUAGAUUCAAGACCAUUGACAAGUAGUUCGAUUGAGGUCGACACAGAGGAUCAUACAGUUGAGGAGACGGACAGUAGGUCCCAUACACCUAAUAUCUGGAGAAAUCCUAACGGGUUUAAUAAGGAUAAAGAGGUUGACAUAAGCGCCUUCUCUUCUUUGAGUGCACCGAUAGGAGGGCUGCUUCCACCACAUCAUCAAAAUAAAAAUGUCGUCAGUAGAUAUGCUGCCUCAACCGAUACUGGAGGAACACCUUUAAAGGUGCCAAGGGUACUAAAAGCAAAGCAUGGGAAGUUAAGAAAGUCUAAACAGUCCCAUGCCAAUGUACACUCAGAUAUAUCAGAAAUCGAUUGCUAAAAUAUGAGAACUAUGAAAUAUGCUUAUUGGGUAGUCUUUAAGCCUUAUUGUAAUUAAAGUGUCCUUAUAACUAGAAUAUCCAUAUUUAAUCGGAGAUUGUCUAUAAUUAUAUAAAAAGAAACAAUAUGUUAUGUCAGUGUAUAUAUCUUAUUUUUAUAGAAUGUCACUUCAAUCGUCUAAUAUGUUUCUUUUCUAUUAUUCAUUUAUUUUUAGCACACCUGAGCAAAUUGCGCUCAGGAUGAGGAAUUGUGAUCGCUUACCGUUCGGCCGCGUCCGUCCGUCCGUCCGUCGUCCGUCCACACCUUUUCAAACAACAACUCCUCCCUCUGAAACCAUUUUGUGUGUGUGUGUGUGUGUGUGUGUUCGGGUUUAACGCCUUUCUCAACAAUUUUUCGGUCAUAUGAACGACGGUGUCUACUUGUAGCAGUGAGCACAAUGCCCAACUUUAUAGUGCUGCCUCACUGGAAUAUCACGCCGUAGACACAUGACAUGAUACCCCGCCCAGUCACAUUAUACUGACACCGGGCUGACCAGUCCUAGUACUAUCCUCUUAAUGCUGAGCGCCAAGCGAGGAAGCUACUAGUACCAUUUUUUACGUCUUUGGUAUGACGCGGCCGGGGAUCGAACCCACGACCUCCCGCACUCGAAGCGGACGCUCUACCACUAGGCUACCGAGGCGGUUUGAAACCAUUUUGUGAAACUUGGCCUUGAUGUUUCUUGGGUGGUUUUCUUUCAAAGUGGUUCAAACGCUUCGUCAAUAAACUAGGCUGCUAGGCGCGUGGUCACUUUCCGCUAUAUGUUAUAGUCGAAAUUUUAAAAAUCUGAGGUAUGAAACUGCCUCGAUUUUGAAAUGGGCCUUUUGAGUGGGCCUUGUGUGAUUCACUACUUAGAUUGUUCAAAUUAUUUUGAUUCAUUGGAAGCUUUAAAAAAUAUUCUUAUAUUAAACUGAUGGCCAGAUUUUAAAAUAAUUUUAAACAAAUGGUCCUUGUGUGGUCCUCUACCAAGAUUAUUUAGAUUAUUCUGAUUUGUCAAAAGGAAACAUGGCUGCCAAAGGGUAUGUCCAUUUUUCCCUAUAUGUAUAUAGUGGAAAUUUUGGAAAUCUUCUUGUAUGAAACUGCUGGCCCGAUUUUGUAAUAAUUUCACACAAUUGGUCAUUGAGUGAUCCUUUACUAGUUAUGUUAAAAUUAUUCCGAUUCGUCAAAAGGACACGGCCGCCAGGGGACAUUGUCAUUUUCCACGAUAUGUUAUAUUGGAAAUGUUAAAAAUCUGAAGUAUGAAACUGCUGGCUCGUUUUUGAAAUAAUUUCACACGUAUGGGCCUUGUGUGAUCCACUACUAAGAUUGUUCAAGUUAUUUUGAUUCGUUGAAAAACAUGGUCGCCAGGGAAUAUGGCCAUUCACCCCUUUAUGCAUAUAUUGGAAACUUCUAAAAUAUUCCUGUCAGAAACAGCAAAAGAUAAUAGGUAAGGGUAGAUUUCUCGGAAGAACAGAGCACCACAAACACAGCCUUAGAGCCAGACAUUUGCAAAGAUGGCUCAAAACAAAAAGAAGCUGUAACGGAAAAAGACGGGUUGCUUAAAAAAUUCAACAAGUACAUUUUAAUUUUAUUCAAAAUAUAGAAAAAGGGAAGGAAGGUGUAGGGGUAGAAAGGAUAGGGGUUGAAGGGGAAAAUGGAACAAGGAUGAAUAUUCAAAAGGAAAUGCUACGUUCCUUAAUCACACUAAACCUACAACAUAAACCACAGCAGCGCAAACACUUACGUACAAAAGACACAUACACACACACGUACGCACGCACUCACAACCAUCGCAUAUAGAUAAACAAGACAAGUAAGAUAUAACAACACUGUUGGGUACCGCCCAAGACACAAGGACGCACUACCUCACACAGAAGCAGAAGAAAAACAAGUCCAGUUUUAAAAUAAUUUUACACAAACGUUUCUUGAGUGACCCUUAACGAAAACUGUAGAAAUUAUUCUGUUUCCUCAGAAAAAAGCCACUAGGAAGUCGGAUCACUUUACCCCUUAUUUUUGUAGUGGAAACUUAAAAAAUCUUCAUUAUGGUAUUGCCAUAUCACAUCAUUUCCCAAUGUCUUACCCCACCUCAACGCCCAUAUUUAUUACGUGCCUCUAUUUAUUUAGUAGAAACUUUUAACUGUUCGUGCAAGCAACUCGGGUGAGCGAUGUAGGGCCAUCAUGGCCAUCUUGUCAUAGAAUAUAUAAUAUUUAUUCAGAUUUUUUGUUAUAAAUUUUAUUUUAUUGUUUUCGUUAUCAGUACAAGUAUCUAGGCAAUAUGUAAAGACGAUGCUGAGUGUAUCAAGACACGGUAUUUCUUUCCGUAAUUUUUUGAUAAUCAAAAUUUGAAUGAAAUUAAAAUAUAUUUAAAAGAAUAAUAGGGUCCGUUUAGAACUCUUAUAUCGUUCGGGUGUUAAGGUGUGUUUGGAAUGAUAAAUGAAUUGAAUGCUAUUAAUGUUGAUUCUACAAAAGAAGUGACGUACUAUGUAAAAACGGUAAAAUUGGGCAAUUCUACAUAAAUGUUUAAACACUGUGAAUAAGUCUUAAAGUUCCAUUUGCCUUUUAAUUUUACAUCAAAACAGAUAUAGCAGCUGUCCAAAUGUGAGAAUGUGUAAAAUUCAUGAUGAAAAAACUACUUUCAAGGGACGUGAGGGAUGUUGCACAUUUUAUUACCGCUCACGAACAGGCUCAUACCAAGUCUGCCACUAUUUUGCUUGGUUGCAUUCUACGCUUUCAAAAGAUCUUCUUAGAGAACUAUCACAACAGUAUAAGUGCCGUGUGACGGCCGUAAAAUAUUUCCCCGUACUUGUAUUUAAUAUUGUUUAAAUACUUGUAUUUAAUAUUGUAAUAUAUGAUUUCCUUGUACAAUUUAUAAUAGUCAAAGCCUUAAGGUGGUUAUAAAAGCAAUGAACUAAGGGAUAUUUCCUACAAUAUAAGUCAAAUAUUCAAACCUAUGACAAAUAUAUAAGGAACAGUUAUAUACAUGUUAUAUAUAUUCGUAACAAUAAAUUGUCAGCCACGUAAUAAAUCAAGGCAAUGUGAACCUGUAAGGCAUAUGCUAAAAUAAAUACGUAAGAUACAACAUGUGAUUGUAAUUAAAGGACUCGAAGACUUCAACUAUUUGCUGACGUAUUCCAUUAUAAUAUAUUAUUAUCAAUAAUUUUAUCCUUUUUCUCAUUUUUCAAAAUUGUAAACUUAAUUAAAAAGAUCACUGAUAUAAAAUGCAUUGUAUAUUUGUAUUGUUAUUGUGUAGAUAAUGUAACGUUAACCAGAAUAAAAUGCUAUUUCGA